AUGGCGUCGUCGUACAGGCCGCACGCCGCACCGAAGAGGCGCGCUCUCGUCGCGUCCAACAUUGGCGCUCUGCCCCUGGACCCCCUGUACGAGAUCCUGCUGCGCCUCCCCGCCAAGCUCCUCUGCCGGCUGCGCACGGUGUGCCGGUUGUGGUGGUCCAUCCUCUCUGACCCGCAGCUCGCCGCGGUCCACGCCAAGCGGCACCCGGGGCCGCUCAUCAUCGCCGCCCUCGAUGAGGAGCAUGACGUGCUCGUCAACAUCAUGGAUCUGUCCGGGCAAAUCUUAAGCAGGUGCGCGGCGUGCCGGGUCAGAGAGUCGUUAGCACGGCCCUCGACCUCGUCUGUCUCAAGAAAAUCGAUAGCAUCAACAGCAGGGACCGAUGUUGGAACCUGUUUUUUUGGAGACUUGAGAUACUUACCAGAUCAAUUGCUCAACCCAGCAACUGGAGCUGUGUAUCGAAUACCAGACGGCUUUGCCGAAGAACAUGGGGAUGUCGUAUCGUACUUGCAUUCAGAGCCCAGAUAUCUGUUUGGUCAGGUUAGCAGCACAGGGGAAUACAAAGGUGUUCCGGAAGCUUUUCCAAUUUUCCCUUCAGUUUGGAGGCAGGCAGCUGUUUGA